AUGUCGGAUGUCCUCAUGGGCACGCCCAUUGUAACGCCAGAGGGGGCAGCUCCUCCAGCUGCUGCUGGAGACGGGGGCUUCGAGUUCGGAGUGGACCCCAGCCAGGACCCUGAGCUGGCGAUGGCCCUCCGUAUGUCUAUGGAGGAAGAAAGGGCUCGACAGGGGCAGAGUACGGCGGCAGAUGCCUCCGCUCAGCAAGGAGGCCCUGCGGGGACGGGUGUGGAGAGCUCCGUUGCUACGCCCCAGAUGGAUCCAAGGCUUCAGGCUGCUCUGGCUGAUGCUGCUGCGGCUGGGGAAGAGGUUGAUGAUGAGCUACGUCAAGCCUUGCUAUUGUCGCUGCAAGAGUCGGAUACCCAACAGAACAGCCAACAGAAAACGGAGGAAGAAGGACAAGAUAAAGAAAAAACGCCUGCUGCUGAAGAGAGCACGACUGCUAAGCCGUCAGCGCCAUCGGCUCCUGCGCCGGCUGGUGACGAUAUGGACGAGGAGUUGAGGAAGGCGCUGAUGGAAAGCCUCGAGGAUUGGGAUGGCGGGGAGAAAACUGGUGGUGACGGAGAGGCUCCAGCUGAGAAGAAGCAGAAGCAGGAGCAACCUCCUUCUUCAUCAUCAUCCUCCUCAGCUGCUCAAGGGCCUUCCGAUGAUGCUGCGAUCUUCCAGGACCCCUCCAUGGUCGCUGAGCUCCUCAGUGGUCUGCCAGGGGUGGACCUGAACGAUCCGAGGAUACAGGAAGCGCUGAAGGAUCUGCAAGAGGAUAAGAAGGAACCUUCUGAUAAAGAUGAUGAUAAGAAGAAACAGUAA